AUGACUAGAAAAGUAUUCACCAACACACGAGAGCGGUGGCGCCAACACAACGUCAACACUGCCUUCGCUGAGCUCCGAAAGCUGAUUCCCACCCAUCCUCCGGAGAAGAAGCUGAGCAAGAAUGAGAUCCUACGUCUGGCUAUGCGUUACAUUAACUUCCUGGUGCAAGUCCUGGAGAAGCAGAGCCCAGCAUCCAGCCCCUCAUCCACGGCUCUGCUCACCCUGCUCAGAGACAACAUGGAGCAGCUACAUUCCCCCCCUCAGCCCUGGACUCUCAUCAGUGACACCGAGCUCCCCUCUCCAGGCUCCUCCUGUGACAGCUCUGAAGCCUGGUAG